CGUUUCCGCCUGUGUUUGCAUGUUUGCGUGUGUCGCAGCACAUGUUCGAAUAAAAUAAUUAGAAUUGAUUAAAAAUGCGGAUUGAGAAGUGUUAUUUCUGCUCCGCGCCGGUGUAUCCCGGACACGGUACGAUGUUUGUACGGAACGACUGUAAGGCUUUCAGGUUCUGCAGAUCCAAAUGCCACAAAAACUUCAAGAAGAAGCGAAACCCGAGAAAGACCAGAUGGACGAAAGCGUUCAGGAAGUCAGCGGGCAAAGAGCUGACAGUGGAUAACUCGCUGGAAUUCGAGAAGCGCAGAAAUAUUCCAGUCAAAUACAACCGAGAGCUCUGGAGCAAGACAGUGGAAGCGAUGAAGAAGGUUGAAGUGAUCAAACGGAAACGACAGGCGCGAUUCAUCACGAACAGGUUGAAGAAAGGCAAAGAGUUGGAGAAGGCGGCAGAUAUCAGCGAGGUCAAGAAAAACAUUCACCUCAUCAAAGCUCCUCACGCAGGACAAGCCAAACAGCUGGAGGACAAGAUGGUCCAGAAACUGGCCGAAGACGUGGAAAUGGACGAGUGACGUGACGAACGCACUUUAUAUUUGGACUCUGCCUUAGAGUCGAUGUUUCCUUCAGUGAAACUGAGUGAAUUAUGGGCUAUUCUACAGAGACGUGCAUAUCAGCCUUCAAACCGUUGUGUUGUGAACAUAUAAAGGACGCUGAUGGGAUUUAUUUCCUGCUGUUGUGCAUAAAGCGUUGUGUAAAUGUAUACCUGAACUGGAAUUUGCACAAAAUGUAAAUGCAAUAAAACUGGUCAACAUAAACGCAACUUAUCGCUAAAAUUUCACAACUGUCGGCAUAAUAUUUUUCCACUUAACUCAAGCACGUAAACUCUGUGCCAAUACUUCAAAUGUCAUGAAAAACUGGUUUGGAAACACUUUCUGUCGAUCAAAUUGCCAUUAACGCCAAAAUGUAGUGUCACAUGACAGAGUUUGCCACAAUCGUUAGCCUGUGUUACCAUGACAACAGGAUUGAAAGCCCAUUUAUUGAACGUGAUUAUGGAUUGAUCUUAACGGCAUAUAGAUCCGAUCUGCACACGGGACACUUCCAGGAGUGCAACACCAAUAUCUCGUAUCAUGCACCGGUUAUCGACAAGUACAAGGAGAACAAAUGAAUGACCACCAUUUGUGAUUAAUUUAAUCGCAUCAAAUCCAUUUAUUUAUUAAAGUGGCUUUUCCACGGCAGUCUCGGAAUUAUCCCACAAUACAAAAAACAUAAUUUCUGUGCACAAAGAUGUUUUAAAUUAAGAAUAAAUACACAAUACUGGAGAAAAUCAUCAGUGCUUUUCUGGAACACUUACAGCCCAAUGCUAUAAAAGUAUUGAUUAGUUUAAUUUGGAAAAAAUGCCGGCAAAAUCCCCUGUAUUAAUUAAAUAAAUUAGCCUACCAAAUGAAUGAAUAAAUAUUUUUAGACCUAUAUUUGCCUUUUCUUUACACACACUUAAAUUAGCCGUACCCUGUCCUGUAGAUUAAUAAAGUCGUCAGAAUGUUCUAGACUUUUCUCAAGAUUAUAAACUAUCUGAAUUAUUUGUCCAAUGCAGAGUUCACUCUCAGAAAACAAACUUUUGAACAUUUUAAAACAUUUAAAUAUUUUAAAUCUGACCAUCUUUACCUCGGAUCACAUUUACUGCUUCUUCAGAAAAUAUAAAUGACAUUAUGAAGAUAAAAUAAAUGUUAUAUGAUAAUUAAGUUCAGUUGUUGGUUAAAAGUUGCGGGACAGAUGACGCAGUUGUCAUGACGAUGCUUUAGAUGAUAAUAUUAAAAUAUUGAAUAUGAGGAAUGUAUCAUGUAUGUAACACUGAUAUCACACGCAUCAAUGUUUCUUUAAUAUCUGUCACACAUCAGAAACACAUCCAUGAUGAUCCUGACACUGAAAGUUUCCCCCAAUAUUUGCUGCAGGUCGCAGCUUGAACAGGGUCAUGAUGAUCUGCUUCGGGUCGUAACCGAUGGCAACCUGCGAUAGACGCAACAUCAGGACCGAUAUUACAGUCCCAUCAGAAGAGCAGCAGCUCCCUUUAGAUUGUAAUUCCUCUUCUGAUUGCUUUUAUUUGUUAAUUAAAAUGACAGUAAUCUGGUUAAUUUCAAUAGUCUCAAUAAUCUCCCCCAUUUUACCCAAACUUCAGAGGAAACAAAAUAGGCACAUCUGUGAGGAGAAUUAGCGAUAAACACAUUUCUGAAUGGAAACGGCUUCAGGGCAGAUUUCUGUUUCUUUAGGCAUGACAUCAUCACGCACACCAUCUUUAUCCAUAAAUGUUGAUUGCAUUUUCACUUUGUCGAUCACAAAACGGCAUGAAAAGUGGAUGGAAACUAGUUUAUAGAGUUGUGUGUUUUGUUGGGUCUCUUCACAAGCACUACACGGUUUUAAAUAGUUGCAACUGUGUUUAGGCCUAAUUAGAAAACAGGACGAAACCUGCUAAAACAAGAAAUAAAUAAAUCUGCAUAUUCACGCAUAAAUAAACAUAUACAGAAUUAAAUGUGCGAGGAGAUAAACCAAUAAAUAAAUGCACCAAUAUAUGCUAAAUAUAAUGUCUGAUUGACAUCCUCUCAUUAGCAUGUUGCCAAAAGUGAAAUAAAUACAGAAAUAAAUGAUUAAAGAAAUGUAGAAUUAAAUAUCAACUUUCAAUUUUACGUUUCCUUUAACAUUGUUUUGCAUUUCCUCCGUUUUAUAUUGGAUUAUUUUUGCAUUUAUUUUUAAAUCUCCUUGCACGUUUAAUUAUUUAUAUAUUUAUGCACAAAUAUAUGGAUUUAUUUAUUUAUUAUUUUUUGCAUGUUUUGUCCUCCAAAAUUGAACGGCAAAUUAUCUAAAAAAAAAAAACUAUUUCU